AUGACGCGAUCACUCCAAGGCUCCGUUGUUCUCGUAACGGCCGGCACAUCUGGUCUCGGUCUCUGCGUGGCGGAAAAGCUGAUUCAAUCAGGCGCCUCAGUAGUGAUCAAUUACGCAUCCAAUGAGGAACGAGCCCACGAUGCCUUCGUACACCUGAACGAACUAGCUGCAAAGACUUUCUCGCAGGAUACUGGACCGCGAUGCCUGAAAAUAAAGGCGGAUGUGACUAAGAAAGAAGGGAUCCAAGAAUUGGUCAACCUGACGGUAUCUGCCAUGGGGAGAAUUGAUGCCGUGGUGUCAAAUGCUGGAUGGACCAAGUUUGCGAAUUUUCACGACAUCGACGAUAAUGUUGAUGAGGAAGUUUGGGAUCGUUGUUAUGCGGCUAAUGUCAAGUCGCACAUGUUCCUCUGCCAUGCGGUGAAGAAGUAUUUGGAGGAGGCCCAAGGAGCAUUUGUUAUGACUGCUUCUGUUGCAGGAGUCAAACCUAGCGGGAGCUCUAUCGCAUAUUCAGUUACCAAAGCUGCACAAAUCCAUCUGGCAAAGACUUUGGCUAUGGUCAUGGCACCAUCAGUUCGUGUCAACUCUGUGUCCCCGAGCUUUAUGGAGACUAAUUGGAUCGCGAAUAUGCCGCAAUCAAAGAUCGACGAUGCAAGAGAAAAGACUCUUCUUAAGCAGAUCGCCAAAGUGGAGGACGUCGCAGAGCAGAUUAUCUUGCUCAUCAAAUCGGAAUCCGUAACUGGAUCUAAUGUAAUUGUUGAUUCCGGGUUUUCUAUCUAG